UGAAAGAGGGAAGGGAGGCAAUGCGCAGGCUUCCUCUAUCUAGGUGGUGUUGGAAAUGGCUAUAGCUGGACGUCAUAUCCGGUUCGUGAGACUAUCCACGGUUCAGUAAUCUAAAGCAAAACGUCGGUAGAAAUACAAGAAAUUGUAUAAUCUCUUUCUGCGGUUUUGAUAACCAAAGUUACAGCUCUGUGCUGAUGUCCACCUUUUUUGGUGCGGAAAAUUUAUUUUCUAACUGGUUGCUGUUGGGGGAGACUUCGAGGUUUUGUUUUUACAGCGAGAGCCUUUUGGAUAAGAAGUCAUUCCUCCGGGCGAAGGUUGGCUGGUAGAUAAUACCCGGAGAAAUAACUAGAACGGCGUCAUUUUCUGGGGAGACAACGUCGGGGAAAACGACACCGCACGUGAUAUCGCAAACCAGUUUCCGCGUUCUGUCAUAGGUAUUUCCUGCAUUCGGUUUCUUCUGGACGUCCAGCAGCGCCAGUUGCCUCUGUAGUCUUCCAAAACACCAGGAGUAAAAGCAUGAGCGGAAAGCGGAAACCCCUCUUCCAGCUCGUAGACGGCGUGAAAAUUCCUCUUGGCUUCAGUCCCGAGAGCCUUCGCUCCUGUCUGCAGUAUAAACCUUCCCCCGGAGAUAUCUUCAUCGACACGUUCCCCAAGUGCGGCACAAACUGGGCCAAACGAAUCGUCCAGCUGCUUCUCGGCCGGGAUACCUCCGACUGCAGCGACUAUGGGCUGUCUACGUCGUUCUUCGAGAUGGUCGGCAAUGACGUCAUCCAGAAUCUUCCACAACCCAGGAUUAUCUGCACGCAUUUAGAAUAUCAUCUGCUCCCGCAACACAAAGAGGCUAAAUACAUCUACAUCGUCCGAAACCCCAAGGACUGCUGCGUGUCCUUCUUCUAUCACACCCAGAAGACUAAAGUGUACGAAUUUGAAGACGCAACCUUCGAUGAGUACCUGGACCUCUUCAUCAGAGGAGAAACGAGCUACGGCGACUAUUUCAGUCAUCUGGUCUCCUGGUAUCCCAAGACCGACUUACCCAACGUUCUGUUUCUUACCUACGAAGGUAUGAAGAAGGACCCUGCGAAGGGUAUCCUGAAGAUGGCCGAAUUCCUCGCAGUUCCAGAUGCGGAACUCCGUGACGGAAAUUCGGAGAAGUUCAAGGCCGUUGUCGAGGCCUGUAGUGUAGACUCGAUGCGGCAGUACUUAAAGACGAACUAUGACAGGACCAUGGCUGAUAAACCGGCGGAAGAGUGGUCUGCAAAAAAGGACUAUCCUUUGGACAGGGCUCCUCCGCCGCCCGACGUCAUGGUCCGAAAAGGGGUUAUCGGUGAUUGGAGGAACCAUUUUUCAGCAGAACAGUCCGACAGAAUUGAGCGGGCGUUUUCUGAAAAGUGCGGGAGCGUCGCGAACGCCAAUGACUUGUGGGAUCCAAAGGAUUGGGUACAAGGUCGUUCCGUGUAAAAACAACAUUAGUCUUUGUGUUAGUGGAGAGGGAAAGGGCAGUCAAGGUAACGGCAUCUUUUGUUCUCCGAGGAUACAUUUUUGCACUUCAUAGUGUCCCCUUUUAUUUUCCGUCUGGGCAUUGUUUCAGUCAGCAAGGAAGAACUGAACGCAUUUAACCGACAACGAAUAACUGGGGACAAACAAUGACGCUUUAUGUAGAUGAUUUACUGUUUUCGUUUCCGUAUUCUUGGGCGAAGAAAAAUACACAUCUGUCGCCCGUGCUGUUGUGAGGAUCGACCGAAGCAGGGUCAUGUACUGAAAGGUCAAGUACAUACAUACGGGUGACUGCAGGGCCGGCGUCUACGGGGCGAGACCGCCUGAAGGGGCGCAAAUUUCCCACUUGUCCUCGGAGGGGAAAAGUAGACACCGGCUCUGCGGGUGGCUGGCAGGUGUCCCAUCAGUGCAGUCAGGAAUUUUCCCAUCACCAACUUCCUAGCACCCCAUCCAGAUAUCUUAAAACAACCUCCCCUCCCCCCCCCCCAAAAAAAAAAGAAAAACUGCGAAAGGCCAAACAAACCAAAAUAUCUGAAAAAGAGACCAAAAACUCGAUAAAUGCGAGCAAAUACUUGUGUCCCCUCCUACAUCAUUCCACCCCUCCCCUCACCACGAGAUGAAAGUCCUCACAACAACUACUUUAUUGUGAGGUGAUGAAUGGUGAGUUUCACCGCUAGGGGCGAUACUCUACCUCAUUGCUGGCGGUGAUGUGGGGAAUGAAAUAAUGAGCCCCUUCACAAUCAGGAUGGAGGUCCUAUGCUGUCCAAAAAGUUCAAAAGAGCUUUGAGGGCAGAGCGUUGGGGGACUGGAUUUGACCAGGGACCAAGCAAUUUUGAGAGAGAGAGAGAGGGGGCUAGUACAGUCCAGCUGAUUAAGAAGUCCUGCACAAAUCCCCGAUAGUGCGCCUCUUCAUUUCGCAGGUCCAUCCACGAGGCAAAGUAUUAUACCUUGAUCUGCAAGCCCAUCCUUAUGCACUCGCAAUUUCACUACAGUGUGCCGCUUGGGGAGUGAUCUUGUGCUCUUUUAUGUACGCCCAUACGUAUUCAUAGUGAACGACGAGUAUACACAAUCCUCGCUUCGAUAUAUAUACGUUAAUUUCUCUGUGGCCUGUAAUAAAUCUGUAAGUGAGCAGGUCGUUGUAUUCAGCACGCCAGAAUUGUUAUUUUUUCAAUAAAAGACGCUUUAUUGAA